GUUUUCAAGUUUCAAAUUCAGCGUCAAAAUUAACAGGUUUUAAGAUGUUGAACAUUGGCUCCAGUUCGGAUGUGGGCUCAAAUGCAACCAUUGUCACUGUUAAGGAGGAGAUAAAGACGCCAAAUUUACAAGCUCACAGUCGUAAUCGUAGUAGGAGUCGUAGUCGAAGUCCCGGGAAAAUCUCCGACAGCACGCAAUUGAACCCGUCGGAGAUGCCGUCAAAUAGUCGCCGGGCCUUUCUGCAGCAUAUGGUGGAUAGUUUGCCGAAGACGGUGUAUAAUCGGGUGCUGGCAUUAAAGCACAAUCAAUUGCAGCAGAUUAAGAUAUCGGAGCAGUUCUUUCGUGAAGUCUAUGAGUUGGAGAAACGUUUCUAUGGGCAGAGCUGUACGCUGUUCGAUGCUCGUCGGGACAUUGUUGCUGGUGAUGUGGAGCCGCCGGCAAUGGAGCGCUACUGGCAUGAGGAGGCCGAUGAGCUGCUCGAGGAGAUUAAGUCGACUGAGGAGUUUAAGCAAUUGACCGAACAGCUACAGCAUUUGCCCGCCAAUGCGGAAGGUGUGCCACGUUUCUGGUUAACGGUAUUUCGUAAUGUGGCGCUCAUCUCGGAUCUGGUGCAAGAGCAUGACGAACCGUUGCUGGAGUGUUUAAUGGAUGUGCGCAUCAGAUAUGAGUCGGACAGCUAUACCGUACACUUUCAGUUUCGGCCCAACAAGUAUCUGCACACAUCGUCGCUCCUGCUGACCAAGAAAUACAUUUUACGCCACGAGGCGGACAAGGAAUAUCCGUUUAUGUUCGAGGGUCCGGAGAUUGUGCGCUGCGAGGGCUGUCACAUACACUGGCGCGAUGGCUCCAAUCUUACUUUGCAGACAAUUAAGCAGAAGCGUCUGCGGAAGGGAGUGCGCAACAUGCCAAAGGUAAUGCCACGUGAGUCAUUCUUUCGAUUCUUCUCACCGCCGCAGGCAAUGGACCUCUCACUGGCAGAUGAGAAGACAAAAAUGGUGCUUGGUGCCGACUUUGAGGUGGGCUAUUUACUGCGCACUCAAAUCGUACCCAAGGCCAUACUCUUCUACACUGGCGACAUUGUGGAUAACGUUAAUGAUGAUCUGUACACAGCGGAGAAUACAUCGGCAUCGUUGUCCUCUGUAUCGCAUGGUGAUCAAAACAAUCAAAAGGAUCCAGUGGAUCCAAUCCCUAGCACCAGCAGUGUUUUUCCUAAAUAG